CCGGUGGCUUUUAUUCAAAAGCAAUAUUAUUAAGAACGAGAGCGAUUGUUAAAUGGUGGUUAAAUUCUUUGCCAGCUUGUACAUAAUCUAACUAGAAUGAAGGCAAUAGAAACCGCCGUUGUACGCACUGUGCGCGACACAUUUUUGCGUAUUGUCAAAUGUAGAUUUGACAUUGACGCUGUCAGAGGAAAAUUCGUCAGAAAGAAUUGAAGCAAUGAAAAAACACGCAGAAAAGUGAAGGUGUUCUGCAGAAAGAGUGUUCAUAGUUGGUAAUUAGCAUUUGCUAGCGUACAGCUAGUGUUUCGCUAGCAUCAGAUCGUUCUACUGCGUUAAAGUGUAGGUUGGUAAAGUGAACGAGUAUCAAGUUGUCGGUUUUUGAUGCGAAAGGGAAAAAUUGCGCGUGUCUUUCAACCACUUGAAUUCCGCUUCGGAAGGGCUGAUGGUUUGUGAAGCUUGCGGGAAGCGAGCGUCAGUAGCUUGCACAUUCUGGUGGUUUUUCGGCCGAAUGUAUGAAUAAGUGCAUUUUUGUUUGUUGGCUAGUUAAUUAUUACAAAAAAAGCGAACACAUUUGAUCAGUUGAGAAAAAUAUUCGUUUCUGCUGAACAGCAUCGACGCCAGGAGAUGGUGAAAAGAUGGUCAAAAAAGGAAAAAAUAAUUGAACCAGAAGAAAAAGAAGAAGCACGGUCCUAGAGGCAUGUUGGAGCGAGCGGCUACAUGUGGGGGGAAAAAAACGGUGCAAAACGGAUCGAUGCGCGUGCCAAAGGUAGAGAAAGGGAAGAAGGAUUGCCCCUGGAGGGUAAAUCGAGGAAUGUAAGCAAAUUUUGCAAAUAGUAACUUCCCAUUCGUUAGGUGAGACACGUAAAACAAUAAAAUGUCAUAAAUCUUCCAUAUAAAGCAAUCAUAUUGCUCUCGAAAUCAAUUCGCGCUUGCAAUGUUUUCAGAAGCACAAAGUAAUAAUACAAGAAAAGCGCAAGUUAAAGCGAGAGAGAUGGUUCUGUGCAGCGCGAAAGAGAUGUAGCGAAGCACGUUUCAGUGUGUUGGUAUGUGAAGGAAGUAGUGAAAAAGGCAAAUGCGGUGUAGUGUUGGAUGUGCGUGUGUGUGUGUGUGCGAGUGUUUGUUAAAGCGGAAAAUAUGAAAGUUAAAAGAGAACAGUCCGCAGCUCGUGUUCUCUUUCUGUUCUGUUUUUUUUUCUCGCUUCCAAAUAAAUUAGUGUGCGUUGAUUCGAAAGAUAGUUUUGAACAAUAGGUUUUCCUGCUCGUUCUCUCGCUCUCUUUCUACGCUGUUGGCGUUUUUUUUUGUUGGAAUCUUGGACCAACUUUAUAUGCCAUUCGUUUCGGUAGUGUCGGGUGCAUUUUGGUAGCGCGAUUCGAAAUUAAUUUCAAAUAGAUGGCGGUGAGUUAAUUGUAAUACAAUUUGUACAACAAAAUGGCAACGUAAAGUAAUAAGGCAUAAGUGUGGUAAAGUGAAAUAAAAAAGGAAUAGUGUAGGGUUUUUUUCUAUAUUGUUCAGUCAAUUUUGUCAAGCAUAUUGCUAUACAAUGUUAAUAAACUCGUAUGUGGAUAGAGAGAGAAAGAGAGAACGAGAGAGUUAGAGCGCUGCGCGAUUGUGUAGUAGUGGUGAGAUGACGACGUGUUCACCGUCUGGCUUAGCGCAAUGUUAUGCCAUCCAUCGCGAGCUGUCUGUGUGUGUGUGUGCGUGAGGGAACGCGCCGUCGUGUUGAUGCGUGUGCGUGUGUUUCAGUGUGCGAUUUGUUUCGUCGAAUGCGUGUUUUCAUUCUUUUGUAGAUGAAAUAAUUGAAGUUUUAUUGUUUGUUGUGUUCUUGUUCGGUGUCACGUAGUGUAGGGCAGACGGAGAAGCAGUGAAAAAAUAAAAUAAAGAAAGCUUUGCUUCGGGGCAGAGUGCGCUAACACAGCGGAGGUGAAUAAAGGUAGAAGAAAAUAUUUGGUGAAAAAUGAUAGAAUUCUUAAGAUUAAGCACGCGAUGAACCUGUGUCGAAAGUCAAAAAGGCAAAACCCUUUUUGAAGUGUUCUUUUUAUUGGUGGAUAAAAUCUAUGCGCGAUUGGAGCUCUCCACAACCAACACCACCACCACCAGCAAGAAAAUGGAAUUGUUCCAUCCAUUGUUCCAGUGAAGUGAAUACAAGGAAGAAGAAAAAAACACACAGUGUUAAGGUGUCCCAUGUGGAUGGCGGUUCCGCUCAUUUCCACGUUCUAGUGGCGUUUUUAUUUUCCGGUUGGUGGUGAAAAACAAAAUCACCAAACCAAACCCCAAUCCAGCAAAAGCGCACAUUUCCUUCCUUUGUGUGUGCGUGUGUGUGUGUGCAUGUGUGUCCACUGAAGCCUCUCUCUACCACCGCUCCUGGAGUGAGUGUGUGCCACCGUUGGAUUUUCUUUCUUCUGUCUGUCCGACCCCAACUCCGUAGCUCAGAGCAAAUGUUCUGCGGUCGUCGUCGACGGUGUUUCACUACUACCAUCACUACUUCGCUGAAAAGUGCAUCCAACAAUGGAAUGCGAUGUGUCGCCCGUUCCAUCGGUGCAGGCGAACCGUCCGACGAAACAGCAACAACCGCAACACAUCGGCACAGUGGUAGUAACAGCAGCGCCCGCAGCAAAAGGAACCACUAACAAUGGCAACAGCACUAGCAGCGGUACCGUCGCAUCAUCAUCAACUACGCUCAUCACCUCCACCGCUACUACGGGUACUGCGGGGAUCACAGUCACAGUCGGUACCGAAACAGUGGAAGAAUCCGCGAUGGAACCGACGACGACGACGGUGGAAGAUGAUGCAUUGCCAUCGUCAUCGGUGGUUGCGUUGGUGGUUGCGGUUCCGAUGCACACGGCGGACGUCGAAAUCAGCGAUAGGAAAAGCAAUAACAGUAACAAUAAUCACAGCAAGCCGCACAGUCUUGCCGGCAGCAGUUCCUCCACGGAAGCACCGGUGGCGGUGAUCGAAAUCAGCGACCAUAGUACGGCGGACGAUAUAAGCUACCCGGAGCUGGUCUCCUGCGUCGAUACCGACAUCAACUGUGUGGUCCUGUCGGAUGAGUACGACACGUCGCUACCGUUGCGGGAAGAUGAUCCGCUAAACAUUUCGACCGGUUCGAUCGAAAUGCUGUCCUCAUCGCAGUGCAGCACACCGGUGCCGCCAGUUUCCGCCAGUAUAGUAACAGAGGCUAAUACGUCCAGGCAAGCAAGGAUAGCGACACCAACGAACACACCGAAGCACAAUCACCAUCUGCGCCGUAAUUUGCCUCGACUAGCGACCAGCCGACAGCAGGCGGCGGUGAAACAACCGCAAUCCGGUGCUGGUAGCCGUGGUGGUGCUUCUACGACGACGGAAAAGCGGCAACUGCGCCAAACCACGGUGGAGGGAAGUGCCGGUGGUGCUGCGUCGACGAUGCGCGAGGUGCUUGCAUCCAUACCCGGGUUCAGCAUCAAGCCGAGACGGCGCACGAACAAGAAGCUUUCAACGGCGGCUCAGCUCGAGCAAACGCGCGAAGGUUGCGUGGAUCUGGAGACGCCCGAUUCGAUUCUGGUGCACACGAACCUGCGCGCCCUGUUGAACAGGGAAACGUUCCAGCUGUUACCACCGCUGUAUCAGUACAAGCUCGUGCAGUUGCUACCGCCGGUCGAUCGGCCACCGUUACCCGAUGCGACGCAGUGCGAACGCAACGGUAUCCGGUUGAAUCCGUCCGGUUUGAACAACGAAUUCUAUGCGCGGGCGUGCCACGAAUGGCGCGACCGGUUGGCGGAAGGUGAAUUUACACCGGAGGCGCAGCUAAAAAUACGCUCGGAAGCGGAACGCGAGAAGAGCAAGCUCGACCCGUGGAAGCUGAAACACUUCGAACCGAUGUGGGGUGAUCGGAAAUAUGCUGGGUCGUUUUUUGGUGCCGCAGGAACGGUAGCUAAUCCCACACCGCCGACACCACCACCACCGCCACCGCCAUCGUCGGUACUAGUACCGGAAACGGAAGUACCUUCUGGUGCACCAUUGUCCUCUGCUUCGCAACCACCUUUAGUAGAAGUAGCACCAGCGCAACAGUCAGCAUCGGUACCAGCGGGGACUCCACUAGCGGCAAGCACUAUAGCAGCACCGUCGGUUUCCAUCGUACCGAUGGGGAAAAGUGUUGCUAGUGGCAAUGCUACCAUCGUAACCGUGGCAAGACAAACCCAACCACCGGUUGCUGCACUCGCAGCAGCUAAUCCCACGAUUCGAGUACAUCCCGCCACAGCAAAGAUCGAUCCGAGCUCGCGUUCACUAGGGAAAAUGCAGGCAAUAACGUUUUCCACUGCGGCCGGCGUUAGAUCGACGAACGUUGCCAGUAGUAGUAGUAGCAUUAGCAAUAACACAAUCAUCACGUCCUCCACCGGAACAAUCAUACUACCCUCGCGGACGACAAUAACGGUCACUUCCGGCAAUGCGCCAAAAAAUGGCGCCAGCGGUAGUGGCGCCCUGCUUAGAGGAAAUGGUGGAACCGGUGCUGGUGUUGUCGGUGGUUCGAACAGCGGGCUUACAGUGGUGCCGAUUAAUGUCCUAACAGGCAGCAGUAGUAACAGCAGCAGUAGCGUUGGUUCCAGCGCUGUAAAUACGAAUCGACCUGCACUCAAAACUACGAUAAAGUUGCGACCAACGACAGCGAUCGCUACGAGCACAACAGCGGCAGCACCGAUUGGUGAAGGAAGCAAACCGCAUCCAUAUGCCGUGGGUCCUGCAGUGACGAAUGCGUCCGUCGUGAUCGGAACGACGCCGACGGCGGCGGCGGCGGCUGUCGGAAGCACCAAGCGGAUACUACCAUCGGCGAUGAGUGUUAGUAGUAGUAGCAGCAACAGUACCGCAAUAAGCAGUACCAAUUCGAUUGAUCUGGCCAGCACGACAACAUCGAUGGGCGUGCAAAACACCGGCUCGUUACCGAUGUCUCCCAAGCGGCUCCGUACGGUUGGUGCCGUGACAAGGUCGGCUUUGGCCGGUACCCCACAGCUACCACCGCCACAACACAACCCGCUGCCAACCACGACCACAGGCAUCGGUGCUGCCGGCUCUACCAUCACACUCGGUUCCCGGCCGGUGGUAGUGAAGGUGGUUGAACCGUACCGUCCCUCCGCGAUGGUACGCGCCGUCUCGGUUGAUCCGGCAAUUGCCACUGGAGCAAGUGCAAACUUAAAGCGAACACACAGCAGCCGGGCGCUAACGCCCGAGCAAAGUAGCAAUAAAAUGUCGAAGCGAAAAACGGACGACAGUGAUGGUGUUGUUGGCGGUCCGCACCAGAUCAAUAGCAGCAGUACCGGCAGUUACGCCGGUAGCAGUUUGCACCAUAAUCCGCGACGAAUGGUAGCCGUUGUAACCGGUACCGCAACCGGCGAUGGGAACAGCGCCAGCAGUAGUAACAGCAUCAGCAGUAGUAAUGCAGCAAUGUAUAUAAGCAGUAAUAAUAGUAUCAAUCGCCUUAUCACCGCCACCAGCAGCACAACAAUGCCAGCCUCUUCCACCGAUGGCAGAAGCAGUAAAAGAAGCAUCAGCAGCAACAGCGCUGGUGGCAAUAGCAAUAGUAGUAGGAUAAAUAUUAGCUGUAGUAGCACCACUAGUACCAUUAACACAGAGGGAUUACUAAUCAUCAAUUCUACCACCGCUAACACCAACACCACCGCCACCACGACCGCUGCCGGGGUUUUACUACAGUCGGGCAUGAAGGGACAAAGACAGGUAGCAUGUGAUACGCGAAAGACGCCAAUCGAUGGCCGGAUGGUGUACGUCGAUGGUGGUGGUACAGUGAAUGAGAAGCGCCGGCGAGGUCUUACGAUUGAUACUGUACCACCGGUGGCGGCAAUCGUUGGUCCGUCUAAGCGAAGAGCACCUCGGCAGGGUCACAAAAUGAACAGAAACCGACCAAGCGGCGGUGGGCUGCUAACACCAUCUGCAGCAACAACGAUCACGAUCGUUGACGAUGAGGUGGAUGGUACGUCACGGAUGGUUGUCGGUCAGCAGGCGGAAGAUGACAGCCAGGAAGUGAUGGACGAAGGUGAUGGCCAGAAUCCGGAUGUGAUGCGAAGAAGAAUCGUAGGACCGAUGGUGAAUGGUGAUGUGAACGAGAUGAAUCGAAUAGGACGAAACUCUUCGCCAUCGCUCGUACCGGCAUCAGACAUUAUUCUCGAGGAAGCGAUUGACUGUGGGGAUGUGGUGGACACCAGUGAUGAACAUCGAGAACAACAGUCGACAGCUGGGAUACGGCUAAAGGGUGAUUCCAUUAACAUGAACUCUUCCCCAACGUUGCAAGAAACGAUCGAGCAGCAAAAUUUAAGUUCUCGCGAAAGAGUUAUGAACCUAAACCAUCUGCAUACGAUAAGCGAUACCGGUGGAACGACCCAAAUGAUUUACGAUCAAAACACUGGGCAAGUUUACAGCGUUAUGUGUUUACCGCAACCGGCAAGCUCCACCCAUGGGACCGGUGGGUUAAGUCUUCGAUCGCUACCUUCGUCGUUGACCGUAACGGCUUUACCACAGCACCAGCAGCAGCAACAGCAUCCGCCACAACAACAACCGCAGCUAUCAAUUUCAAACGAUAGUAGCAAUAGUAGCAGCGUUUCGACCACCGCCAUGAUGGCAGCGAGUGACAAUCAUCUGGAUGGCGGUGCGGGUGGCGGAGGUGCCGGUGCGGGUGUAAGUACGUUCGAGAACGUACUCCGCCAGAACGUGGUGGAUGGUGAUUGUGGUGUUGGUUCCGAGUUGUUAAUCAUCAAUCAGGGCAAUCAGCAAAGCAAUGUCAGUAUGCAAACGACACACCGGGAGGAUAAUAGUAUUGCGUGUGUUGCUGAAGUUGGCAGCAUGAACGAGGAACGGCGGGACGAUGACGACGAGGAGGAGGAGGAGGAAGAGGAGGACGACGAAGGUGAUGGGGAACAGGUCCAUACCACUACCACUACGACCAACACUGCCGACGAAGAAGAGGAGGAAGAAGAUGAGGAAGAGGAGGAGGAGGAGGAAGAAGAGGUGGAGGACGGAGCGGAGGAGGUAGAAGAGGAGAACGGUGAGGAGGAACCGGCAGGACACGAGCACGAUUUGAUUCGGCAGGGUUUGCAACUGCAUGACGAUAUGAAUGUACAUUGCGUGGAGGACGAAAACAACACGCCGGGCGAAUUUUUCAAUGAUGAGGUGCUCAGAACCGCUUCAGGUGUUACAAUCGGCAGUAAGUUAGGUUCUUACGGGCAAGCGAAUCUGCAGCAUCUACAUCUGCAUCAGCACCAGCAUCCGAACAAUCAUCUGCAUGCGCAUCAACGCCAUCAGGCAGCAGCAGUUGGUGGCGGCAGUAUGAUGAAUAUGAAUUUGACCGGAUAUCAUCACGACCAUGAGCUGCUACAUCAGCAACAGCAGUUGCAGCAGCUGCAGGGUGCUGCUGCUGCCACUAGCUCACCAUCCGCGUCCUCGGAACAAGGGCUCAUGAUGAUGGUGACGACAACUGGCGUGGAUGGGAGCGAAGAUCCGGCUGGUGGUCUGUCAUCGAACAGCGGUGACGUGAUGGUGAUGACGAGCAACUACUGUGAUAAUCUGUCCGCCGCCGAUGAGGCAGACGGUGAGGACGAAGAAGAAGACGAGGAGGAGCAGUGUAACGCGUUGGUAGGGUCCCGGCGAGAGUUGCAUGGUGAUGAGGAUGAGGAGGAAGAGGAGGAAGACCACCACUCCCACCAUCACCACGAACGACUGUUGCUGGACGCUGGCAGCAUUGGCAUUGGUAUGGAGGAGGAAGCAGUCGGUACGAUCGUCGAUCAGUACGGCAACCAUCAUCAUCAUCCGAGCCAGCUAAACCAUCACGGUGCUGUGUUGCCGCAGGAUGGUUCAGAAGAGGAUGAGGAAGGAGGGGAGGAGGACGUGGAAGAGGCCAACUUUGUGCUGGAUCAGAUGCAGCAGCUGCAGCAACAAUUUCAUCUUGCUGGUGCCCAGAAUCCGCAUCAGCAGCAGGGAUUGCUGCACAACCAUCAAUCGCUGGUGACGUCUUCCGGUAGUAUCGGUGCGGGUGCGGAUGGAUCGCAGAUGCAUCUUUAUCCCGGGCCGGGUGGUAUGUUGCUGGAAGGUGGCGAAGGGUUGGUUACUGACAGCCAGCAUGGUUGUGUGGAGGAAAGUUGUGACGGUGAGGUCGAAGCAGAGCACCAACAUCACCAUCAGCAGCAGCAGCACCAAAUUCUAGGAGAAGAUGAGGCUCAGGAUGGUCAACAGUUGUUGCAGCAACAGCAACAAUCCGCCCAACAUCAACAGCAGCAACAGUAUUCGAACAAUCACCAACAUCAACUGGUUGAAAAGUAUAUCGACGAGAUGGAUACUCUCACCCCUGGAGCAAGUGUUGUGAGCGACGGAAGUGAUCCUGGCGCUGGUUACAUUAUGGACACGAGCAGUGGCGAAAUGAUAAGGACAGAAAAUUGGCCUCAGUUCAAAAUGGAAAUGAUGGAUGCAACGAAGAUGAUGGUAGUAGAUCACCAUCAGCUCGUAGAUGGCAAUAACAGUAUUAUCAUUUCACCCAUCGGUACGUCAGGGUCGGCCACGAUGAUACCGUCACCCGGUACAACGACGAUGCAGCAGCACCAGCAACAACAGCAACAGCUUCACAAUUCUCAAUCCCUUCAUCAACAUCUACCGACAGCGAAUCAACAGCAACGCCCAAUACAACAACCAUCCUCAACACCAAUAUCGAUGGCAACCACGGCAACGUUGGUACAACAAAUAUCCGCACACAAUCCGCUUCAGCAGCCACAUCAACGGCAGCAGCAACCGCAACAGCAACAGUUGCACACCGCUGGCGGUAAUGCAGCGGCCACUACGGGGAUCAGUUUUUUAGCACAUCAUACGCAGCCCACCGUACAAACCAUGACCGCCGGAUCUGCCGCAGCCGUGCUAAACUCGUCCCCGCAUCCACAAGCUUCGCCGCAGGGUUUAAACAUAUUUCAACUGCAUCCUCAGCAGCAGCAGCAGCACCAGCCGCAACACCAUAGUCCGCAAUCGGUUUUAGGAUGCGGUAACAGCACAAUUCAGCUUACAUCAGAGAUUAAAGACGGCAUUCGCAACAGUAUGCUAAAAACGGAACCGGGUGUGAGUUACACCACAAUCCGGCAAGGUAACCAGCUCUUAACGCGCAUUAAACUGGAAAGCGAUGAUAGUCAGCUGCAGGCACAACAGCAGCAGCAGUCCCCGCAAAGCUUUCAAACACAGCUGGCGAAAGUGAACGUGGUCACAUCGUCGCCGCUCAUUUCGCUCGGACCGAACGGUCAAGAUAAUCUGACACGCGUAAUCGAGAGUGUUGCUGGGAACUAUUCUUCCGUCGCUGUGUCUGGUCAGCAGCUUGCAGCAUCGCAGCAACAGCAGCAGCAACAGAUUGUCACCCAUCAGCAACAGCCGCAACUGAUACAGCACGUACAGACUGCGUCCGGACAUCAGCUACGGUAUGAAAUGGAUCCGACGGUAAUGCAGCAACAGCAGCAGCAGCAACAAUCGCCAUCCCCGUCACAGCAACAUCUGAUACAACAACAGCAACAGCCAAAGUUUAUCAUAACAUCACGACCGCUGAGCGCCGUGAGUGCGUCGGCGGCCGGUACGAAGCUGCCACUUACCGUUCAGGCGACCAAUGUGAUACCUCAUAUGCAGAGUCCACAGUUUAUCCAAACGCAGGAUCAGCAGAUGCAGGUUACUAAUCAACCCACCGUUACCGCGCUACAGAAACCGAUUCAGCUUCAGAAAAUUAUCAUGGCAACGCCGGCGAUUGGGCAACAGCAGCAGCAACAACAACAGCAGCAGCAGCAGCGACCACGAUUGCCUUUACAGCGCACGCAGUAUAGUGUGCAAGCCAUUCAACAACAGCAACAGCAGCAGCAACAACCACAGCAACAGCAACAACAGUUCCAGCAGUUACAACAAGCCCCGAAAGUAACACAACAACCUACCCCAACCCAAUCGCAGCAACGUUUCCAGCAAAAAUAUGUCACGAAUCAACUGAUACGGGGACAGAAUGCAUUUCUCAUGAACAAUGUGCAUCAUUUGCAGCAGCAACAAACGCAACAGGUCGCUGGCACUGUUGGAGCAAACGUGAUCGUUGGUGCGACGAACGUCAAUCGAACCAAGCGUUCGAAUGAGGCAAACCCCCCUGGUACGAUUGGUACGAUUACCGCAGGCAAUGGUACCGCCGGCAAUGGUAAUGGCGGCGGAAGUAGCAGUAGCAGUGGGUCCGGUUCAUCGUCUGGCGCUAGUAAGCGUGGCGGACGGUCGAGCAGUUCGCGGUUACCGCCCGGCGCAGUUAAUCUUGAGCGAAGCUACCAGAUCUGCCAGGCAGUGAUACAGAACAGCCCGAACCGGCACCAGCUGAAGGCACAGCUAAAAUCACCGCAAGCUUUCCUGGCUGCGUCAAAUUCCAAUUCGAACAGCAGUAUCAGCAGCAUUGGUAGCACGGGAAGCAGCAGCAGCAGCAGCAGUAGUAGCGGCGUUUCGGCGAGCAGUAUUAUUGGCAACAAUACCAAAGAGGAUGCAAACAGCAGCAACAGCAGUGGUCAUAGUAGUGCCUUUGGCGGAGUGCUAGGUAUUGGUGGGAAUAAGGUCUCUCGUCUGGUCAACUCAAAACGUACCGUUUCGGUAGGUGGUAGACCGCAGUCGUCAAUUGUAGUGCGUCAAGUGUAUGCGGGUGGGGUUACCGGGGCUGCUACAACGUCUGCCGCGGUCAAUGCUUCAGCUGCCGGCGGUGCCAGUCAGUCAAAUGCAGUCAGUAUUAUUACAGCCAACCCAUCGCAACACCAGCAGCCGCCGAUCCAUUCGCUCGGUGAACAGCUGCAACAGCACGGACAGAUCAUCAGCGUGAGUGCCGCUCCAACGAUCGUGCAUGCUACUGCCGCCUCCAACAACAACGGGACAAAUGGUGGAAACGUCAAUACUGGCCCUGGUGGCGCACCGGUCGGUACAGGGAACUUCGGUGGAAAGUAUUUGUUGGUACAGCGGGCUGCACAUAUUGGAGAAAUUGUAACGCCACGGGCUGCCAGUGCUCCACCGACACAUAAUCAGAUACAAAUUCAUCACGUUUCCGCACCACAAGCGCAACAGCAACCGCAGCUGCAUCAGCAAAUGGCCGCUGUUCAGCAGCAACAACUGACGCAACAGGUGCAGCAUCAUCUGCAGCAGCAACAUCAACAUCAGUUGCAGCAGCAGCAGCAGCAUCAGCAGAGUCAGCUGCAGCAGAUAGCGGCUGGUGCGAACGCCGUUGCACCCGCCGCCAGCCUACAGGCGGCAAUCACCCGCCGAAUACCGUCCACCCACGUGAUUACCUACGGUCAGGAUGCUCAUCUUAUCGAUCCAACAGUGGCGUCCGGCAACAAUACUGAUAGCGGAGGCGGAACCACCGAAGGAGGCACAAUGACGGUAGAUGGCGCUGGAUCUAGUGGUACGGUCGUCUACGCGGACAGUGCAGCCUCUUCCAGUGCAGUGGCUGAAAUACAACUGCAGCAGCAAUUCAGCCAACGUCAAGGGCUUCUGGACAGUAGCGGAAAUGGCGGAAGCAGCGUUGUUGCAGUGAACGGAGACACAAUGGAGCCGGGUGCUGCUGGAGUCAACGAGCUGCAUACAACACAAUCAGCUGCCGGGGUAACGAACACACUCGUGUCACCAUCGGGCAUCUCACCGCAUCAACAGCAUCAGUUCAACGAGCAGCUGAUGGGUGGUGGUCAAAUCAGUCAAAAUAAUGCCCCUAUUAACAUAGACGGGGUUGAUCUCGUCGUUGAUGGACUCAUCAACAGUGAUGCUGUCAGUGGUAGUAAUCACACCGCUGCCGGGAUAGAGCCAUCAUAUUCCGGUACCGUCGAAAAUUCGGCUGUUCAUCCGCAUCAACAACAGGAGAGUAUUUUCAGCACGGACAAUGAUAUCGAAACACCGAACUCACCAUCGCCACAUGCCGCCAGUAACGGGGCGGAAGAUGAUGAAGAUCGGGACGGUACGGCAGAACCAGUCGAUGGCAAUGUGGAGGGCUGUCUGUGUUCGCUUAAUGCGAUGGUUAUCUGUCAGCAGUGUGGCGCUUUCUGUCACGAUGACUGCAUCAGUGCAACGAAACUAUGUGUGUCCUGUGUAGUACGCUAGGCAAAAAAGCAGUUUAGAACCGAAACAAUGUUUAGCGGAGGGAAUCUAUUGAACAUUUGCAACCUUCCCGACACCGUUUCGGGAAAAGGUUAUCUCAACUUCAGGAAAGUGAGAGAUAAACAGUGACUGGGUUCCUUUUCUGUCUGUCCAGUAUCGAAAUUUGAAUUUUUAUUAAACAAUCCUGACGGGGUUUUUCUUUAAUUUUUAUUUUAAACAUUUUUAACUUGCGAAAACUUACAGGAGAUUAAUUAGUUUGCACUGACAACACAUGAGAUUUUGUUAAACUUUUACCUAAUUCGGUGCUUUUGAAAUGAAAGGGGGCCAGUAGCACAAAAUAAUUUUGUGUGUUAAAAUGGCAGAUAUGGUCAAAGGUACAUUUUGGCUAGCGGAAGAAUUGAUUUGAAUUGAAUUUAUAUCAUUAAGUUUUUUUUUCAUCAUUUGAUAUGAAAGGGAAAAUGAAUCUUAUUUCUUUUAUAGUUAGAGAGCAGCAAAUCAGGGGGUGGAGAUUUGGCGGAUAGUCUUAGGAGAGGUGAAAGAGACAAAUCUUUCUUUCUUUUUUUUUGUAAUGUGUACAGACGCGUCCGACAGAUGAUCAGCAACAUUCCCAGUUACGAUUUCGGCGAUGAGUUGUUGCGAACUCUCACGUACAUAUGAAUUCAAAGAAAUUAUUAAUUCAAAGAGAGAGAGGGCUCGCAUUGUUUAUGUUUGUUUUCUUCUUUCGCGUAAUGUAUUUAUUGUUCUACCUGGUGUAUUUAGUUCGUAUCGUUCGUUGUAAGUACACAAUGAUGGAGUGUUUUCAACUUCAUUUUCUUACUGGCUUACUGACAUUGUGAUCUACCGGAAGGUGAGGAUGAGAAAGGGCCAGGUCGUCGUUGAUAUCAAUCCUUCAGUUAAUGUUCGCAAAGUUAAUGCCACUCCCCCACCCUCAUCACAACAAUCCCCCCCUCCCGUUCCCUUUGUAUGAUAGUAGGAAAAUUGUGUUUCCAUGUACAUUACCCAUUUAACUCACAUCAUGAAUCUUUCUAGCAGAAGAUAAAUCGAAAAAAAACGGGAAGAUCAAUCAUUGGUUUAGAAUAACAUAAAGAUACGAUUACUGAGUAGUGGUUAAAGAGAAUAACACAAAGACAAGCAAAGCGGAUAUUUGUCCCUAACAGCUGUGGUACACAGUUUAGAGGCAAAAGAAGGCGAGUGUGUGUGUGUGUAAAGGGAGCAGAUAAUUGUGAAGCACACUGCACAAAGCAAAAGUAGGAAUCGGAAAGUGUAUGUAAUGAAAGGAAGCAAAUGCUAAACGACAAAGUAAGGUAAUUUAUUAUUACACUAAUGUGAACAAACAGCCACAAACAAUACAACCACAAAACGACACAAUAAGAGAUGUGCAUAAUGUGAAGAGAGGCACCUCGUAGUAAGCAACGCGCGAAUGAAACUGAUAAUAACAUUCGUGAAUUGUGAAAAAAAUGGUAAACAAAAAAGCAAACAUGGAGUAAACAAUAGCGAAAAUAAUGGAAGAAAAAGCAAAUGCGCGCAAGAGAGGGAGAGAGAGAGAAGCCACAUUUGUGGUAGCAGGUGAAACAUUCAUAAAGAAAAUAUGUAAAAAAGAAAUCUGAA